AUUUUAUGCAUCUUCGAAACUAUUUUUACGGCAAUGCAGCAGACAAACAGCCAGACGCUUAGCGAUGCCAUGAAUGAUUGAUAUCUUAUCGCACGGGAGGCCACACCGCAGACGCCCGGUCAUGCCUUGCAGGCUUGCAGGCUUGCAGGCUUGCAGCCGAGGAGCCGUCGUCAUCAGAGCUCGCUUCUCACCGCCUCCCAAUGCAUUCCUUUCUUCUUUCAACACCACGCUGGUGACACAACCGAAGCAGGGACGACUUCACGACUCAGACAUAUGAUAUCACUCCUGCUGUGCGCGACUUCGACACAGACGCAGCACUCCUUCAUCACGCUUCAUCGCCCUCAUCGCCCUCAUCUCCCUCAUCUCCCUCAUCGCCCUCAUCGCCCUCAUCGCCCCUCAUUUGCCCACUCUUCUCUUCCUCCCGCCCACUCUCCCAUCUCCAGAGAGACACACCAGCCUCGGCCUCGAUGGCAGCCCAGAGCAGCUCCUCGCCGCAGCCUCAAGGUUUCCAGAACGGGUAAGGCAUCCGCGCGCACCCAAUCAGCGCACCAAGCCCGUCACCAACUCACUUCACAGCGUCUAACACCAGCGCUUAACGCCCUCCGUCCAUCUCCAUUCGCCACACCACGACAAAUAAAAACACGCAGACGCGCUCUUCUCAACCCAAUGCACGCCAAAGGGGUAAAACCUGCUGAGCUUAACGCGCUUCUCGUCUUCCGGGUGUGGGGUCGGAAAUUGUUGGUGUUUUGCGCGAGGCUGUUGGUGCGGUUCCAGACGUGCUCACCCCCUCGAGGCUAGACGUGCAUGCAGUGGAAGUCCACUCCCUCGCAUGCAGGAGAGCAUCUGCGAUUGCUGCCACGGGAGCGGGACGCUGCUAGGUUGCAGCCCAAUCCACAAACCGCCUCAUCCCGCAACUCUUAAGUUCGGGAUCAACCUCCCUUCUCCAUCUUCGGGUCCCAGCAUCCAAACUCUUCUUCCCACA